AUGGUAUAUGGCUGUGAAAAUGAGAUGAUUCUGGAUCUUGAUAAUGUUGAAAAUAAUAAUCAUAUUCCAACAGGACCCAUCUGCACCACAGUGAAGGAUCACCCGGUCUUCCCCAAUUUCUGUUCUUUUGCAACUUACCGGUGUGUGAGCGGAGCUUACUUUGAAAUGAGGGUUCCUUGUCCAGAUGACCUCCUUCUGCUGAAAUCCCCUCCUAUACUUUCAGGGAUAUUGAAUGCUGUCCACAGUAAACACCUGAUAUCCUCUGAAAAAAUGGCUCCUUCAGAAGGUCAAGCAAAUGAGCAUGACAUAUCUAAUGGCCUGCACCCUCGUGUAGCUGGGCUAAACUGGCAGGGCAUCAAGACCUCUUCACCUCCCAUGGUAAACACAAAUGGGACGGCCAGUCAACUCCUAGAUUUUGAGAGCAGCACUUUAGAAAAUCUACAUCCAUAUUCCACGACAUUGGCUAAUCCAGAUGUUGUAAAUGAGUCGAGGAAGCAUUUCAUAGCAGGUCAUGAUGACUGGUCAGGUCUGCUCAAGAUGCAGCCUGGUGCCCAGCAAACAAAUCCUGAUGACUUUCUCCUCCCUAGUGAACAUCCACCACCAAAUUUACAGGGGACACUCCCACUGAAUUAUUUAAAUGAAGAAGCUGCUGAAGCAGAGGCAGCGGCUGUUGAUACUCCUCCCAUAACAGAAGAGGAAGAAGAACCCUUGGACCUGACCUCAAACCCCAACAAUGCUCCAUCCUUGACCACACUUGCCCCAGUUAUCCCCGAUCCCAUGAAAGGAGAUUUGGUGGAUCUGAUUCAAAGGAUGAAUCAAUCUGAUAUCAGCACACUACAAGAUGAGAUAACAAAGGCAGCCAAUGAGGGACGGACAUAUGAUGUGACAAAGCUCUCCAAGCAGCUCUACCAGGUGCUUUCCAAAAACAAUGGAAAUAGGAAAUCUGGGAACGAGAAGCAGGAAAAAUAAAAAAAACACCAAAGACUAUAUGGUGAAGAAUCUCUUGUGGUUUGGUUGCUCGUCUCUUUGAGCCUCCAAAAGUUUGUGAAGCUCAAGUGUCACUAGAACGUUCACAGGAUGGAAAGAAAUAUGAGCAGAAACUGAAAGGUGAGUAGUGGU